CGGCUCCGCUAGGCCAUGGGGUCGCGGGUCCUGGCGCCGCUCCUGCUGGAGCUGCUGGGCUGCUGGGCCUCGGUGAGCGCGCAGGCCGGGGCCACCCCGGUCGUGACGGAGGGCCUCAACGCCACCGAGGCCGCCGCAGCGACUCACAAACCGUCCCCAUCGCCUAGAACCCUGGGAGCCUCCAAGGCCCCGGAGCUCUCCUCUGGCCCCAGGCCCACCCCGGUGACUGACGUCGCUGCUCUGUGUGUCUGUGACCUGUCUGCAGCACAGUGUGACGUCAACUGCUGCUGUGAUCCUGACUGUAGCUCUGUGGACUUCAGUGUUUUUUCUGCCUGCUCAGUUCCAGUUGUCAUGGGUGAUAGCCAAUUUUGUAGUCAGAAAGCAGCCAUCUAUUCCCUGAAUUUGACAGCAGAUCCGCCUCAAAGGGUAUUUAAGCUUAUUGACCAAAUCAAUCCAUCCAUUUUCUGCAUUCACAUUUCAAACUAUAAGCCUGCAUUAUCCUUUACUAAUCCAGAAGUGCCCAAUGAAAGCAAUUUUGAUCAAUUCAUAAGAGCAUCAGAUGGUUUUACAGUGAACACGGACUCAGAUGUUUCGUUCACAGCCACAUUGGAUGCUCCACAUGCCGCUAGAUAUGAGUAUGGGGUCCCUCUACAGAUUGCGAAUGCAUCUUCGGGUUUGUUUCUGAGAUUCCCUUCACCCCUGACGUCAUCUCUGUGCACAGACAGUAGCCCUGCGGCAUUCCUGGUGAGCCAGGCCGUUGAAUGCAGCAGAAGGAUAGACAUAGAACACUGUGAGGAAAUUGAAGCCCUUAGCAUGGCUUAUUACAGCAGCCCUGCAAUUCUGAGGGUGCCUAAUUCGUCAACACAGGUCCCCAUCACCAUCCAGUCCAUUACCAUUCGGUCUCUGAAUAAAACACUGACCCAGCUGGAAGACCCUGACAUUCUGUGGCCUGCCCUGAUAGCUGCUGGGCAGGAGAGAAUCUGCAACAAUGUUGUUCUUGAGGUGAGGUACGGCCUCACGUACACGGAGGCGGGUGAAAUCUGGGAAGCGGGUCUGUCCCUCCUUCUGGGGGCAGUAAGCAGCACGGUGGCUCUCCUGCAGCAGAAGUUUGAGAUUCACUUUAUUCAGAACAACACCAAGCCUGUUCCUCUUAGUGGAAACCCUGGUUAUGUGGUGGGGCUCCCCCUGGCUGCUGGGUUUCAGCCUCAGAAGGGGUCUGGGAUUAUUCAGACAACAAACAGAUAUGGGCAGUUUACUAUUCUUCAGAGCACAACGGAGCAGGACUGCUUAGCCAGCGAAGGGCCUCGAACCCCAAUCUUGUUUGGCUACAAUAUGCAGUCUGGCUGUCGAUUAAGGCUGACGGGUGCCAUCCCAUGCCAGCUCCUGGCACAGAAGGUACAGGGUUUGCUCAGGGGCCAGGGCUUCCCGGACUACGUAGCCUCGUUUGGAAACACUCGGGUCCAGGAUGUGCAGGACUGGGUGCCUGUCCACUUCAUCACCCACUUGUCCAACAUGAAGGGUUCUUGCCAGCUCCCCGUGGCUCUGAGUAUAGAAGUGAAGUGGACUAAGUAUGGAUCCCUGCUGAACCCCCAGGCCAGGAUAGUGAACGUCACUGCGCAGCUCAUCUCCUCCCAGGUUCCAGAGCCUCACCCAGGAGAUGAGAGGACGAUUGUCGUGUCCACCGCAGUUACCUUUGUGGACGUGUCUGCUCCUGCAGAGGCUGGCUUCAGAGCCCGGCCCUCCAUCAACGCCAGGCUGCCCUUCAACUUCUUUUUCCCGUUUGUCUGAUAAUGUGCUCCUGAAAAGAUGUGCUGGUCUCAACAACUACAUGCAAAGUUGGAACUGGUGUGAUGAGAUUCGCUUUUAUCGACAGGAACAGUCUGGCUUCCCUGUUCAUUGUCAAGCAAGAUCCAAGUGUACAGCGUGAUUCCGUUGCUUCAGAUGGAAGGCAUAGAUGGAUGGGCAGCUCUGGGUCACACCAGGGAAGCUGCUGGAAGGCUCUUAGCCUAGUUCCAGAGGUGUGGGGUGAAACAAAAAGCAGGGACUGGACCUCUCACCCUGGGCCCCAGGAAGGUCAUGGCCUAGCCAGCUUCUCUGGGGUAGAAUUCCUGGAUGGCUAGUUGGUGUCCUCAAGAAGUCCAUGCUGUCUCAAUAGCUUGUUGAGCCUCUCAAUUUCUUGUUCCUGUUACAAAAGCAGACAAAUAGCAGAAGUGACCUUCAGUUACUCAGCGAGGCCUAGGGGCACAGACAGCUACUUUUCUUGCAAAAUUCAGGUUUGGAGGAGGAGGCUGCUCCAUCAGGCAGGGCCCUAAGCACAGUGGCUCUCAGGGACAAAGACAAAGGAGGCACCUUGCACAGCUCAGGAAGUGGGGGUACGGAUGUGCACGGUAUAUGUGCUGAAGCUGAAAGGACCCAGAAGACAGCUACGGGAAGGGGUCCAGGCUGUGGCCCAGCAGAACUGAGCUGCACCAUCCCCUGCAUCUCACCUUCUCAGAGCAGCUGAAUUCCAGGUGCUGGAUCUUGGCAGCCAGCUGGAUGUUCAUCUGUUUUAACCUUAAGAGCUUCCGUUCUGAACGUGUUUUGACUGAGAUUAUUAUCCCUGUAAGAGAAGCAGGGUCCUGAUGACACAGGCUUCUAAUUGAACCACAGGAAAAACAGAUCUGUGUCUUUACCCAUGGUUAUAGUUGGGGCCAGAAAAAUGAGACAGUUGUCACCAGGCAGGCUCAGCUAGAAGGGCAGGGUUUCCAUGUCUGAGCCAUGGGGUUAGGCAGUUUCCCUAGGAUGACCCUUAUGGGCUGAGACUACCUUAAAAAGAGUCAGUCUGAGGGUCAGCUCUGUAGCAGAGUCUUCAGGCCAGCAGCCCAGGGAGCGAGCACCAGGCUGACUGCUCCUGUCCCCUACACAGAGGCCUCCUCAGCAAUGACUGAAGCACCCCUUACCUGGUCAGAGCCCAAAGUGUGGAGACAAAGGGGCCAGAAAUAAAAGCAAGAACUAUGGCUUAACAAUAGACCCUGACUGCUUGGAGCCUCACCCAGUGACUUGUGACUCCUUGCACAAAUGUUUAAUGCCUACUAAUGACCCAUGGUGCCUGAACCCAAAUGGCCAGUAAAGAGAAGCAACUGGUACUGUAAAAUUUUACUACUUAACAAGAUGGAGGUCAGCCUGUCCCCUCAGAUAUGGACCCUACACAAAUGGCCCAUGAGCUGGAAUCAAACAUGCCCCCCAUCUGCUCUGAGGGGGCUUGCCGUGGCUGGCUGUACUGAAGUGUAUUUAAUAAACUUUUUACUUUUUGGCACAUGCA